AAAAGCAUUUCUCCACACUUCCUUCCGAAGUCUCUGAAGCUAACCUGCUCCUCAUUUCCAUGGCUUCCCUUCCGCGCCUCGCCAUCUUCGUCUCCUUCGCGUCCUUGCUGCUGCUCUCGGCUUCGUCUUCCCAACUUCCCGGCGCUAAAGAAUCCACCACCAGCAGCGGUGAUAAGGUCCCCCUGGCUCUCUACUACGAGUCUCUCUGCCCCUACAGCGCCAAUUUCAUCGUCAACUACCUGGUUCGAGUCUUCGAAGACGACGAGCUCUUCUCCAUCGUCGAUCUCUACCUCUCCCCCUGGGGAAACGCCAAAAUUAGAUCCAACGGAACCUUCGUUUGCCAGCACGGAGAGGCGGAAUGCUUGCUCAACACAGUGGAAGCUUGCGCAAUUCAUGCUUGGCCUAAAUUGGAGAAGAAUUUCCCUUUCAUCUAUUGCGUGGAGGAGAAAGUGCAUGAAGGUAAGUACAGAGAGUGGGAAUCGUGCUUUGGCGAAUUGGCUUUGGAUCCAAAACCUAUUCAGGACUGCUACAGCAGUGGGUAUGGCGAAAAGCUUGAAUUGAAGUAUGCAGCUGAAACAAAUGAACUUGAACCUCCUCAUCAAUAUGUGCCUUGGGUUGUAGUGGAUGGAAAGCCGCUUUACGAGGAGUACGAGAACGUCAUUAGUUACAUCUGCGAGGCAUAUAAAGGCACUGCAACACCCAAAGCUUGCAGCAGCCAGGUAUCCAGGUCCAUCAUCCAGAAGGGGAGAAAAACAGGCAGGCCAUCCGCUCCAGUUUGUUACAAGGACUCCGUGGUCUCAAAUCUCUCGAAGAUGAUAAGAUCAGCCAUAUCGAAGUUGAUUCAGGCAAUGGUGAUCUAGGAAUUUCGGCUUUUGUGGGGCAUUAUCGUCGGCAGUCGGCAUAAGAUAAGCAUGUAACGGGAUCCCUUUUUAGAUUUAAAGUGAUACUGUUUGCUUGAAAUUGUAAUGUUGCUAAAUGUUAAGUGAUCAACACAGUUAUAAGAUUUGCGUAGUCUGUGGUAGUGGGUAGAAACCAGGGCGUUUCUUUCGUGACCCUAAAUAAUGGCAAGUUGCUUGUUGUGUAUGGACGCACUGUUAUGGUUAAUAGAAGUAUAGAACACGUUUCACCAGUAUUUGUGUUAGGCUGGAGUUAAUGAAAUGAUUGUCCUUAU